AUGACCACUUCAACCACCUUUCCCCUCCUCACUGCGCCACUGCACAGUGCACAGCACAUUGCCACAGACAGUGAAGAGCACAGCGAGGAUGACCUACGCGCGCCUCAAUCAAAUCCUCAUCAUCUGCUCAAUAUGAAUAACAAUAACAACAGUGAAGAGGAGAAAAAGAAAAAAAGGAAAAAAGAGAAGAAAGAGAAGAAGGAGAAAAAAGAGAAGAAGGAGAAGGGGGGGACGGAAAAGGAAAAGGAAAAAGAAAAGGAAGAAAAGGAGAAGGAAAAGGAAAAAGAGAAAGAAAAGGAAAAAGAGAAAGAAAAGGAAAAAGAGAAAGAAAAGGAAAAAGAGAAAGAGAAAGAAAAGCAAAAGGACAAAGAUAAACCCAAAGAACUUUUUGUCAUUAAUCCUGCUGGGAAUUUGUAUUACAACUGGCUGUUCAUCAUCACGAUACCGGUCAUGUACAACUGGACCAUGAUCAUAGCCAGGGCUUGCUUUGAGGAGCUGCAACAUGACUACAUCAUUUACUGGAUUAUUUUGGACUAUACCUCAGACCUAGUCUACCUGGCUGAUAUGUUCGUGAGAACCAGAACAGGUUACCUCGAGCAAGGUCUGUUGGUGAAAGAUAAGAAGCUGCUACGAGAUUGCUACAUCAACAGCUUCCAGUUUUAUCUCGAUGUCCUCUCCAUGCUGCCUACUGACAUCUUCUAUUUCGUCCUCGGCCUUGACUACCCAGAGAUCCGCAUUAACAAGCUGCUGAGAAUAGGCCGCAUGAUGGAGUUCUUCACGAGGACAGAAACUAAAACCAACUACCCAAACAUCUUCCGCAUCGCAAACUUGAUCAUGUACAUCCUCAUUAUCAUCCACUGGAAUGCCUGUUUCUACUUCUCCUUCUCCAAGUCUAUUGGUUUUGGGGCAGAUGACUGGGUUUACCCGGCUCUGGAUGACCCAGAGGAGCCUGACUUUGGGAAGCCAAUGAGGAAGUAUGCGUUCAGUCUUUACUGGUCCACACUGACCCUGACCACCAUUGGAGAAACACCACCACCAGCUCUGGACUCAGAGUUUUUCUUCCACGUGUUCGAUUUCUUAGUUGGAGUCUUGAUCUUUGCCACAAUUGUAGGAAACAUCGCCACCAUGAUCUCCAACAUGAAUGCUGCCCAAGCUCAGUUUCAGGCCCGAAUUGACAACAUCAAGCAGUACAUGCAGGUUCGAAAAGUCAGCAAGGAACUUGAGUUGCGGGUCAUCAAGUGGUUUGACUAUCUGUGGAAUAAUGGCAAGGCGCAGGAUGAAAGAGAAGUGUUGAGGUAUCUUCCAGACAAGCUAAAGGCUGAAAUUGCCAUCCAGGUCCACAUGGAGACUCUGAGAAAAGUUCGUAUUUUUGCAGACUGCGAGGCAGGCCUGCUGAUCGAGCUGGUGCUCAAACUGCGGCCUCAAGUCUUUAGCCCUGGAGACUACAUCUGCAAAAAGGGCGACAUCGGCCGUGAGAUGUACAUUAUCAAAGAUGGAAAACUUGCGGUUGUUGCUGAUGAUGGUGUCACACAGUUUGUUGUGCUGGGAAGUGGCAGCUACUUUGGGGAGAUCAGUAUCCUUAAUAUUAAAGGCAGCAAAGCAGGGAACAGGCGGACAGCAAACAUCCGCAGCAUAGGAUAUUCAGACCUCUUCUGCCUGUCCAAGGAUGACUUGAUGGAGUCACUGACAGAGUAUCCGGAUGCUAAAAGCAUGCUAGAGGACAAAGGUCGGCAGAUCCUGAUGAAAGAUGGCCUGAUAGAGCUAGACCCAGCUAACAUCAUGCCUGAGGUACAGGAGCUAGAGGAGAAGGUCAACAAAUUGUACAAUACAAUGGAGCUGAUGCAGACCAAGCUGAAGAAAAUUCUGGGAAAUUACAAGAAUGCUGACAAGGCCCUGAGAGACCGCAUCAAAGAUCUGGAGCUACUGAUAGGAGAGGAGGUAGAAGAUGAGGAUGAGGAGGAUGAAGAGGUGAAAAAAGUAGAGGAAAAAGUGGAAGAAGGAGAAGGAGAUGGGGAAAAAAAGGAAGGGGAAGAGGAAAAGGGCGAGGAGACUAAAGAAGACGCAGGAAAAGGAGAAGAGGAAAAGAUGGAAGAGGAAAAAACUGAGGAAGCAAAAGACGAGGAAGGAAAGGAGGUUGCUCAGAUCGUGCAGGAGACAACUGGAGAGCCCCUCAGGGUUUUUAAUGGUGAUCAAAGACCCCAUGUGAAAGCCAUGGAGAUGAUGUCCAUGCCUUCGCUCUGUAAACACUAUAAAUAA